GAAAAUAAGGUCAAAAGUUAAAAUAGCUCUCAACUGCAGCUAUAUCUGAACCACAAGCGUUACUAGUGCAGAGCAGUAAAAGGCAUGGCUGUGGUUAUUUUCAGAGGAAAUAAGCGCCAGCUUUGAAUGUAAUGCACGGUUACUCUUUUGUCUCUUACCGUGUCUGUACUUUUGUUGAGAGUCACUGAGACUCUCAUGGUUUCAUACGCAGAAGAGAUCCGCGCAUAUUUUAAAUGAUAGCACAUCGAAAGCUACCGCUUAUUACGGUGACAGGACUUGUAUUAAAUACUAUAAUAAAACAGAUUCUUAUUUGUAUCGCUUAAAGUAUGACUUUCAUUAAUUUCAAUUUGAAUAGCAGGUGUUACACAAAUAAAUCUGAUGGUGCAUUUUCUUAGUCAUUGCUGUAAUCCUCAAAUGACAGGUUGUUGUUUCAGGUAGGCUAACCUACGUUCGAGUGGGAGGCCGCAAAAAAAUUACCUCAAUUUUGUUUAGAAAGAGUGAGCUAGCAUACCUUGUUCUCUGAUUCAUUCUGAAAAUCGGAAUUCACAAGUGUUUCUACUUUCCUGUUGGUUUUGCAGAAAGUUGCCUGUUUUCGUUCAUAUAGCCGCAUCCGCGCGCCCCCGCGCACGCUCGACCAGGUUCACGUCGACCUGGCCAGUGGAAAAGAAAAUAUAAUUACUCACUUAUUCUUUUUUGCAGUUUUCCAAUCUUGAAGGAGUGGCUUUCUUGUGUCCUGUUGGAUAAAUAUAUAAAGCAAUUGCAUCGAGUAUAAUGAUGUGCGCAGCAAUGGACCAGAACGUGCUUAUGCUGAAAGAAGUUGCGAUGGAUCUGGAUCGCCUGGAGAAAAGUUUGCAGAAGGGGGUGAUGCUGCACACGCCUACGAACGAUAUAGAUGAGUGCUGUUCUUUGUCCGUACUGGAGUGCUUCAGGGGGAACGUGAAUCUACUCCAGGCUACCCAGAAGAAACUUCAGCACAAACUCUUCAAGAAACUCAUGAAUCCGAUGAUUGUGAGCAACAUGAACUUCUGCACUCUGGAGGAGACACAGAAAGCCAUCUGCCCACCCUGUAACUCCUAUCCAAAGAGAAACAGCGAGCAGUUUGUGAAAGAACUGCGGCUGCUGCUUCAGAAAGCGACAGCCAGACUGACGUGGAAGCAGACCAGAAGAUAAAGGAUGCAGGAUACUUCACAAGACACUACUGAAAAUGGGAGAUUAUGAGAUUGUUGCUCUGCAUAAUCAAUGUUCAAGCUGUGUUAUUUAUUUAAUAUUUAUUUAUCAAAUAGAUUUUAUGAAGUAUUUUCAAAGUUAAAACGAAUUUUUACUGUUUGCUUUUCUUCUGCUAACGUUACUAUGUAACAGAGUUAUACUGUACAAACGCCUAUCAGCUGCACAUUGUUGAGCUGCUGUUGGCACAGCUGUCAGUCCAUCAGAGUUUUUACAAAUCAGCGCUAUGGCAAUCCGCUAUUGGGCAGUUGAGCUGGAGCACCGGCCACCAGUAUGAACUAGUUGGCAAAUGGUCCUGCCGCUAUUGCACCGCUAUCUUGCAUAUUUGCAAACCAGCUGGUGCAAAGAACGGUUGUGUACUUGCUUUCUGGGUAUUGACAAUUUCAGUAAAUCUAAAUCUGUCUGAGCUGACAGACCUGUUCAGGGCACCUGUUCUGUUUAUUUGGGUAAAUAUUCAGAUAUUGCCCUUGCAGUAACACCCAGCCAAGGACUGGAUUUUAGAGUAAUCUAGAUGGAGGAAGAGUUUGUUUUCCAUGCUUAAAUAGAACAUUCUGAAACAUUAUAAACUAUUAGUUUUUCCCAGAUUGCAUGUAUAGACUGCAUGCCUUUUUACAUCUCUUUCACAGUGUGUAUGAAACCCAGCCGACAGUCUUAAGUGUCUCUUGUCAAAAUGUUAUUUAGCACCACCUACAGGAAUACCUGCAGUAGAGCAGGUAAUUCAUUCAUUUGUUCAUCUUUCUGUGUGUACAAUAUUGCUGAAAUUGGUUUUGCAAAGAAACACAAUGCUGUGUCAUUGAAAUGCUGAUCAUAAACAAAGCCAUUACAAAGCUUUGUUUCUCAGAAUGAUAAAGAUCUCAUAUGGAGAUAAAAUGCAGUUUUGUAUCAUUAUACAAAAAUAUUAAGGAUCAUUAUGUCUAUGUUCAUAUUCCUGUAUUG